CAUAACGCACUGGCCGUCCCCCGACUCCACCCAGAACUGUAUAUUAAAGGUUCCCCUAUCGAGCCAUAUGCCACUGGCACUACUGGCUGUCUUUUUUUCUUUUACAGUGGUCGGACUGAGUGGAUUGUAUCAUUAUUUAUAAAUAUUUUUUAUGGUCCCAACAUUUGUUACAUUAGGCUAAGACAGAAACAUGGCUGACGCAAAAGUCGAAACUAGUACGGAGAUCUCUGCCAAGGACCUGAAAGAGAAGAAGCUUGUUGAAGAGGCAGAAAAUGGAAAAGACACCCCAGCCAAUGGAAAAGCUGAGGCUGAGGAGAAUGGUGAUCAGGACAAUGAUGUAGAGGAGGAGGAGGAUGAUGUGGGAGAGGAGGAGGAUGAGGAAGAUGAUGCUGAGGGUGAUGAAGAAGAUGAUGACGAUGAAGUCGAGGGUCGUGCAGGCAAGAGGGCGGCAGAAGAUGAUGAUGAUGAUGAUGACGAGGAUGAUGUUGGAACAAAGAAGCAGAAAACCGACGAUGAUUAAGAGUUGUGUGUUCAACCCGCUGGAAGCUGCUGCAACCUCUCUCCUUAACCGCCGAGCGUUUUGGAGGGAAACUGUGGUCAUCAUCAAGUAGAGUUCAACGUCCGUGUACACACACACCAAACUGCAAUUUUUUUAGAAAACCCAAGACGUCAAAGUUCUACCUUCUUAACAAGAUACAGUACUUUAAAAUGAGAAUUUGUUUGUAUUUUUAUUUACAUUUUAUAUUUUUGUACAUAUUGUUAGGAGGUCAGCCAUUUUUCGACAGUGAUCUCUGGUUACCAAACGGUGCUUUGAAGUUGAUGCUUCUCUAUGAAAUAGACUUUACUUGUGGUUUGACCAUGCCAUGCUAUCUCAACACAAACUUGUACAAAUUUUAGAAAACAAUUAAAUUCAAAGCAUUCCAGUAACUUUGUAAUUGUACUUUAGUUGUACCAUACAAAGUUGGUUUGUAUGAGAUGGCAAGGCCAAAGAAAAUAGGUUUAUUUUCUGUCUGUUAAAUGGCUGUCUGUUAUGGCCUGUUUAAUGUAUGUGUGAAUUUCUUGUAUGACAAUAAACCUGAAUUUUAUUUUGUGAGUUCUUAA